ACGAGUUAUUCAUGUUACACUUCUGGGCUGACUGCAGGCAGCAGGACGUGGCGAACUUCAGUUUCAAGAAAUUUUACACUUGAAGAAUGGCUAGCACAUUAUCUCGUCUCCUGGCUGGCCACAAAACUGCUGUGCUCUUUGCAACAGUUAGCACAGGGGCUUUAACCACUGGAUAUCUACUGAAUCAGCGGAGUGUGAAUGCAGGAGCUCAGGACAGACGAAAACUCUUUCCUCCAAGUGCAGACUAUCCUGAUCUCCGCAAACAUAACAACUGCAUGGCUGAAUGUCUCACACCAGCAAUUUAUGCAAAACUAAGGGACAAGAUGACUCCCAAUGGUUAUACCUUGGACCAGUGUAUCCAAACUGGGGUUGACAAUCCUGGCCAUCCUUUCAUUAAAACUGUGGGUAUGGUCGCUGGUGAUGAAGAGUCAUAUGAGAUGUUUGCUGAGCUUUUUGACCCAGUAAUUAAAGUGAGACAUAAUGGCUAUGAUCCAAGUAUAAUGAAGCACCACACAGACCUGGAUGCAUCCAAGAUCACCCAGGGCAACUUUGAUGAGCGCUAUGUCCUAUCAUCACGUGUACGUACUGGUCGCAGUAUCCGAGGUCUCAGCCUUCCCCCAGCCUGUUCUCGGGCAGAGAGGAGAGAAGUAGAAAAUGUUGUGGUCACUGCGCUGGCUGGGCUGAAAGGAGACCUUGCUGGAAAAUACUAUAGCUUGACUGAUAUGUCUGAGAAGGAUCAACAGCAACUUAUUGAUGAUCAUUUCCUCUUUGAUAAGCCAGUGUCUCCUUUGCUAACAUGUGCUGGGAUGGCACGUGACUGGCCAGAUGCCAGAGGAAUCUGGCAUAACCAUGACAAGACCUUUCUUAUUUGGAUUAAUGAAGAGGACCAUACCCGGGUGAUCUCCAUGGAAAAGGGUGGUAAUAUGAAAAGGGUGUUUGAGAGAUUUUGCCAUGGUUUAAAAGAGGUCGAAAGAUUAAUUAAAGAACGUGGCUGGGAGUUCAUGUGGAACGAGCGUCUAGGAUAUGUUUUGACUUGUCCCUCCAAUCUGGGAACAGGAUUACGUGCAGGAGUCCAUGUUAAACUUUCAAAGCUCAGCAAGGAUCCCAGAUUUUCAAAGAUCCUGGAGAACCUGAGGUUGCAGAAACGUGGCACUGGCGGUGUGGAUACAGAAGCUGUGGCAGAUGUGUAUGAUAUCUCCAACAUGGACCGUAUGGGCAGAUCAGAGGUGGAGCUUGUCCAGAUAGUCAUUGAUGGAGUCAGUUAUCUGAUUGACUGUGAGAAGAAGCUGGAAAAAGGUCAAGACAUUAAGGUGCCACCACCUUUGCCUCAGUUUGGAAGAAAGUGAUCUUGGUACUCAUGAUUAAUGACUGAUGUUAAAUGUAUCUGUUGUUCCAACAAAAAAUGUCUCUGUAUAUCAGUACAUAAAUAAGAUCCUGAUGACUUGUGUAAUAAAACACAACCUGAUGUCUA